CAGUCUGCAACUUAACGUGAACAAUCAUCCCGAAUAAACUCAAACAAGAAGAAGAUCCUCCCCCCAUUAGAAGUUCACAGGACUGUUUCAUACGCGGUUGUUGUCUCGCUAGUUCAACAUUUGCAAGAAAUGUCGUCUUUUCCUUCUCUUCAGGUUCAGGUGGCCUCCAUCUUGGAGGUUUUAGCGAAAACAGCAGUAGUAGAAAUUACUAAACUAGUCGACGAUGGGUCUGCUGUUUGGCGAUUGGAGAUGUGCAGACGCCAAAGAGAGAACGAAGCGCUAAAAACGAAGUUACUGCUGAUGGAGGGAGAGCUCAGGGCUGUGCGAGGAUACGGAGUGGGAACGCCAGGCACUUCAGGGGCAGCUGCUGCUAAUGGUGGUGAAGGACCCCUCUGUAAGGAGGAGGAGCUGCACAUGCAGCCCUGCCCUGCAGGAGACCCAGAAAAGGAGCUGCAAGCAGAACUCAAACAGGAGCCAGAGGAGCAGCCUCUCACCCCCGCACUCCCCCUGCUGGAGUCUGCAGACUGGGGGAUGGCGCUCCAGGGUGUGUGGAGCGUGGCCAACGGCUUGAGAGUUGAUCAGGAACAAAAUGGAAGCUCGGAGCAUGGAGACGCCCGGUUAGACGAUGACUUCUCUCCUCCGCAUUACACAGAUUCUCAGAGGCCACGCUCGGAGAAGGACGAAGGGUCAGCAUCACACCUUGAGCAGAAACAAAAUGGCUGCCCUCUAGAGGAGACAAGCAUUGGUAGACCAACUGAUGACAUUUCGCCGUUCCCUCUGGGUUCUCCAGGACAGUGUGUUGGAAGCGCCCCGUGUGAGGCGGGUUCUGACACGUCAGCAGAAGCAAAGAGUCCCUGCAGAACUGAGGGACAGGAGGAGUUAAUCUGCACAUGCUGUGGGAAGACGUUCCCGGACGCUCUCAAACUGAAGACGCAGGAGGAGCAGCACAGCGCGGGGAAACGGUUCAGCUGUUCAGAGUGCGGCAAGGGUUUCACUUCCUCCAGCAUCCUGGAGAAGCACGAGCAGGUUCACAGCAGGGAGAAACCAUUCACCUGCUCUGUGUGCGGCAAGAGCUUCUCCCAGUCAGACGUCCUUCAAGUGCACGAAAGCACUCACACAGGGCAGAAACAGUGCGCUUCUGUGGAGUGUGGAAAACACUUCAAAAGAAAAACCUUGUUUAAAGCCCACCAGUGUGUUCACACCAAAGAGAAACCGUUCACUUGCGAGCAGUGUGGAAAGGGCUUCUCCCAGAAGUAUCAUCUUAAGACUCAUCAGAGAGUCCACACAGGAGAGAGACCCCACUGCUGCAAUGAGUGUGGGAAGAGCUUUACCACAUUAGGUAGCCUUAAACAUCAUCAAAGCGUCCACACCAAAGAGAAACCAUUUGCUUGUGAGCAGUGUGGAAAGUGCUUCUCCCUGAAGGGCCAUCUUAAAACUCACCAGGUGAUUCACACAGGAGAGAAAUGCUUCAGCUGCACAGUGUGCAAUAAGAGCUUUGCCUAUCUCAGUGUUCUUAAGCAACAUCAGAGAGUCCACACAGGGGAAAAACCCCACUGCUGCAAUGAGUGUGGGAAGAGCUUUACCACAUUAGGUAGCCUUAAAGAUCAUCAAAGCGUCCACACCAAAGAGAAACCAUUUGCUUGUGAGCAGUGUGGAAAGUGCUUCUCCCUGAAGGGCCAUCUUAAAACUCACCAGGUGACUCACACAGGAGAGAAAUGCUUCAGCUGCACAGUGUGCAAUAAGAGCUUUGCCUAUCUCCAUGUUCUUAAGCAACACCAGAGAAUCCACACAGGGGAAAAACCCUACUGCUGCAACGAGUGUGGGAAGAGCUUUGCCCAACUACGUAGUCUUAAAUCUCACCAAAAGGUCCACAGCGGGGGGAACACCGUUCAGUUGCACACGGUGCAGCAGGAGUUUCUCCCAGAAUCGCACUCUUCAGAGACACAUACUUUUUCAGGACUCCAGACUAACUGCAUCCCAACGUCCCGGGGCGAUAAAUAAUGUGUUCGGCAUGAACUGAUAUCAUUCCCAGGACACUUUUGUGACAAAAAGUUAAUGCCGGUUGAUUUUAUUUACCAAUAUGUGUAUUGCUAUUUAUUGUUUACCGCCAUUGGUGCACCUAGGUACACGUACUAUAGUUAUUUUUACGACAGUAAGACUUUGUUUUAGGCUGUGGGUGUGGAUACAAAAUUUGGAAAAACCUCUGGAAAUUACCAACGAGAACACUAUGAGGAGAAUAAAUACAUGUAUAGCUAUAUAUACAACAUUAAGUAAAAU